UUUCUCCUGCCAGCCCCCCUCUGCCUGCUGACCCUGCUGCUGCCACCCCUCGGUCUGGGGGCCCCCAUGUCCCCAGCUGAGCCCAUCAGUCAAGCCUACAGCCUGGCACUCUACAUGCAGAAGAAUACUUCAACACUGCUGCAGACUUAUCUCCAGUGCCAAGGCAGCCCCUUUAGUGAUCCUGGCUUCUCGGCCCCAGAGCUCCAGCUCGGCAGCCUGCCUCCCGCCGCAGUCUCCUUCAAGACCUGGCAUGCGCUGAACGACAGGGAGCGUCUGAGCUGCGCCCAGGGGGCCUUCCUGGCCUUGACCCAGCACCUCCAGCUCGUGGGGGAUGACCAGAGUGACCUGAACCCUGGCAGUCCCAUCCUUCUGGCUCAGCUCGGGGCUGCAAGACUCAGGGCCCAAGGCCUGCUGGGCAACAUAGCUGCCAUCAUGACUGCCCUGGGCCUGCCUAUCCCCCCAGAAGAGGACACUCUUGGGCUUGUCCCCUUCGGGGCCUCGGCCUUCGAGAGGAAAUGUCGAGGUUAUGUAGUAACCCGGGAAUAUGGCCAUUGGACUGACCGAGCUGUGAGGGACUUGGCUCUGCUCAAGGCCAAAUACCCUGGGUAGAGGAGGUGGGACUUCCCAUCAGAGGCUGCAACACUUCCCCUUUCACAACGGACCCUUUUCUGCCUUGCUUCUUGGCUAGAAAGGCGACACAUCUUGUCUAGGAGACAGGGCUUGUGCACCAUGUAUUUGGGAAAAUUUCCUGGUAACCAGGCCUCAAGUCGCCACUGCCUGGGCGACUGCCUAGGUCCUAUGGCCUCCCUUCCAGAUCUGGGUGGGACUCUAUGGAUAUCAUUUUAUGGAUUACCAGUCCAGUGGUACUGGUUGCCCACUUCCUGGGUGGAAAAAAGUAUCUCUUUGAAGUGGCUUCACUUCCCAUUCUACGGGGCAGUACAGUUGGUCUCCUUCCUGGGCUCUCCCUGAGAUCUUCUCCCUCCUGUAAUUUUGGGGAGGCCCAGGGGCUGCCUUCUUGUCUCCGUCUACCUCACUUCCUGUAUGAAGAUAUGGACUUUCUGAGCAACUAGGCUUCCCUUUUUGCUGGAGCUCAUUUCAUCCCCUAGUCUACCUCUCCGACUCUGGCCACUGUUCCAACUUCCCAUCUUAAGGGGCUUCACUUCCUAUUCAGUGGACAUCCGAGUCUUGAAAAACUCAGGACUCCUGUCACAUCUGUUUCCUGCUCAGAACACAUCCACUUCCUGUUCUGGGCUGAGAAAUGGCAUCCCUGGCCUGGGGCUCUCAUGAAUCUCCUAUUUAUACUGUAGCUUUUGCGGAUGUCUGGGGGAACCAGUUUGUAACCCAAGGAACUUAUUCUCCUUAAAGGUGUCUCCCCAUUUUCAACAACUAUAUAUACUGGUAACUUUAAUGUUCUUUUUAUUUUUAAACAUUUUAUUUACA